AUGUCUUCAAGCGCGCCGCCAAAGCGAAAGACCACGUAUCGUCACCACCAUGUCCUGCAUCACAAGGCUCAGGCCGUGCCCCCGAAGGAGCCGGCGCUUCUGGAACAAGACAUUAUCGACAAAUUCCUAGUUGACUUUACCAAGACAGUAUGCGAAGAAGAGGCGCUCAAACAGGGCAUUACAAAUCCCUUCAUCGAGUCGGUCGCUUUGGGAGAGCUAAUCGCUCUGGCGGAAGAAUUCAUGUUCAAGUUCCUUUCUCGAGUUCGUCGGUCGAUGCUGGCAGCCCGCCGGACCUAUCCUUUAGCUCCCGACUUUGAAACCGCCAUCGAGGUCCUGGACAUACCCAGGCCGGACGACCAACUUGGCCCUUACAAGACUCAACCUCCCAUCAAUCCUCCUUUACUACCCACACCGCCUCCUGAAGACGAAUUCCACAAUACCGUUGAACUUCCUCCGUCGUUCCUCGGUCCCGAGCUCGACGGGCACGGCCAACUCGUUAAAUACGCCUUCAACGUGGGCGGAUUACCAGAAUUGCCCUCGGCGCACACAUAUAAAGAUACUCCAGUAUAUCCCUACCGAGAAACCGACACGAGGAAAAUCAGAGAGCUAGCCACGCAGGAAGGCAAGCUGGGUGAACAGGCGCUGCGAAAAUUGGCCGGUGCUGUCAAGUUAGACGCGGCGCAUCCGCUCGACUCGGAGACAUCCAGACAGAAGUCCAGACCUCCACAACAGAAAAGGGGUCGUAAGAGAGUCAGUAUAUUGGAAGAGGCUAUCUUCGAGGAGACUGUGCGAGACCUGUUGGCCAAAGAGCCCGCGGGCUUCGAGUUAGGGCCGAUUGUGAAUUCUGAAAAGGCGUGCCGCAUGCCGGAUGAUGCGCACGCAAAGAGACUCGCGCCGGCCACUGGAUCAGCUUCGGCUCGGCUUGAAAGGCAGGCCAGCUGGGCCAAGAGUGGCGUGGAUGUGAUGGAGCUUUGA